UCAGGGAGGCGCACAGGAGGAGGUACAGUCUGAUUGGCCACGUACAUAAACCACCAGUGGGACUUCAGACUCCGCAGAUUGAACCUCCUGUCCAUUACUCCCGGGACUACAGCACAUGUGUUGUAACACAGGAGGACCAAUCAUGAUGCUGGUAUCUUGGAUGAGACGGAUGGUCAACAAAAACCUUGUGAAAGGCUGCAUCGUCUGUCUUUUCCUGGCUGUGCUUGUCUCCAUCUUUAAUCUGUAUAUAAAGGACCUACUGAAGCUACAGAAUAAAGAAAACCCCGCCGUCCACCUCGAGAACGUGACCUCUAAACCACACGUGCCUCGUCACUUCUGCAGCCUUGAAUCGAUAUCUCCUGCAGAGACUCUGGAGGAACGCCUCUUAAUGGAUUCCAUUGCUUGGCCUGAAACUCCACUUCUGCCGACUCCUCUUUCAUUGAGUCACACAAGCGAUCCCACUCACAGCACCUUCACCGUUCUUUCUGAGAGGAGUGGAGGAGAGUGGCAUGUAGGAGACCAGCUGGAGGUUAUGAUACAAAUCAAAGACUUCCAAGGUAACCCCAAGAAGUCUGGAGGAGACGUCUUAGUCGCCUCGUUGCACAAUGCCAAACUCGGAGCAGGUGUGGCCGGGCGAGUGGUGGAUCACCUGAACGGCUCCUACUCUGCUGUCUUCACGUUGCUCUGGGAGGGAAGCACAGAGGUUGAGGUGAUGCUCGUUCACCCCAGCGAGGCUGUCACUGUCCUGCACAGACUGACCAGAGAGAAGCCGGAUAGGAUUUUCUUCGAGGGCCUCUUCCGCGCAGGCUCCAUCUCUGAAACCACCAUCUGUAACGUUUGCCUUCGUCAAACCAACCAGCCAGUGUGCAACUUCACCGACCUCCGUACAGGUGACCCGUGGUUCUGCUACAAGCCAAAGAAGCUGAGCUGUGAUACCAGGAUGAACCACAUGAAAGCAGGAUUCGACGGAAGACUCAAGGCUAAUGAGGAGAAGCUUUUCCAAAGUAAUGUCAACAUGAAAGUCUCCAUUAAGGCUUCAGGAGCGGCCAGUGUUACCGUGCUGCCUCAAAGGAAAGUGCGACCCACGGCCGAUAAAUCCUUUGGGAAGUCCGGACUCUCUGGGUAUUACUACCAGGGUGUGUGGCGAUCACUAGGUGGCACCAAAGUCCACCAAUUCAACAACUCCUCUGCCAUCAGUCAGUGUCUGAAAGGAAAGGUGGUCCACCUGUAUGGAGACUCCACCGUCAGGCAGUGGUUUGAGUACCUUGAUGCUUCACUUCCAGAUGCUAAGGAGAUAAACCGGAAUAACCCGAAGCAAUUGGGACCUUUCAUGAUAUGGGACAGCGCGAGAAACACCUUGGUGAAGUACCGCUCCCACGGUCCUCCUCUUCGUUUUCCCAACGUCCCAACCAGUGAGAUGCGUUACAUCGCCAACGAACUCGACGAGUUGGUAGGCGGCAGCGGCACAGUAGUAGUCAUUGGCGUCUGGUCCCACUUGAGCACUUUCCCGGUUGAGGUCUACAUCAGGCGGCUUCAGAGCAUCCGCAGGGCGGUGAUUCGUCUGUUGAACAGGGCUCCAGAGACGCUGGUGGUCAUCAGGACUGCAAACCUCAAAGCUCUGACACUUUACGAGACGUUGACCAACAGUGACUGGUUCUCGCUUCAGCGGGACAAGGUGCUCAGAGCCAUUUUCAAAGGAGUUAAUGUUCGACUGGUGGAUGCCUGGGAGAUGACUCUGGCCCACCACCUGCCACACAGCCUUCACCCACAACCUCCGAUCAUUAAGAAUAUGAUUGACGUUGUGUUGUCCUACGUGUGCCCUCAAUAGGCCCCAGGACAUGUUGGUGAGAGAGUCUGAGAAAAAUUCAAGCAACAUUAUUCAUCAUGCAUGUCGUCUCUUUGUUUAUUGAAAGUUAUUUUUGAUAGAUAGAUUAUUGUUGUUUACACUCGUGACAUAGUGUAGACAGCGAGUAAAAUUCAACAAAGAAGUACGGGACACAGUAAACUAAGAUCAAUGGUUCCUAGGAAGGUCUGCAAUGCAGAGUUCGUCCACAGGGCGGUGCGACGCGCUCACAGUAGUUGAAAAAAAAAAAAAAAAAAACUGCCUUGAAAUGACUCCCUCCAAAUCCACAGGAUGUUUAAACAUGGUGCGUUUUGUGUUUGUCCUUUAUCACCGCUGUCGCACGGGAAGUGAAGAUUGCACUUGUUUUGACUUAUGAACACAAGAAGAUAUUGGUUAAUGAGUCCCCCGUUUCUUAUUAUUUAUUAUUCACUUUUUAAUUUUAUUUUGAUGUACUUUAUUAAUCCCUGAGGGAAAUCUGUUUUACGCUGUUAUUAAGAGACAUGCUUCUCACACACACAGGCCCGAAUCACACGCAUGCAUAAACAGGACCUGUGGACGUGCAUUAGUGGAGAGAUGUCAGAGCGGGCCUGAUACACACUGCUACACAGGGAGCGCACCAGGGGGGUUGGGUGUUUGAUGCAUUGCUUGAGGGCACCUCGGCAGUACUCAAGAAUCGCCCUGGCACCUCUCCAGCUACCAGACCAACAACCAUAUUAUGGUCCUCACAUUAACAAAUGUUCAUUUGUUUAAAUUCCCCCCUUAAAAGGAGGUAGGUAGGGCCCCUUAAAUACAUAUUAUUUUGGUACAAGGUAAUGUCAUUCCAUUACUGAUCAACUUUGAAUCGCUUUAUAAGUCUCACAUGUCGACUUUGAGUUGUAACUCUUCUACGACGUCAUGAGCAGAUCUGUUGGGAAUGUUUCUGAGUGUCUUUUUUAUUCACAGCUGGGUCUCUUCUGUAGUUCUGUGGCUUUUGUUAACUAAGAAGACAAAACAUUUGUCAAAGUGAUGUGUUUAAUUCACAAGCUGUUACUGCUGACUCAUCGAAUGGUUUCACACCCCGCUCUCACUCCACCCUCAGAGGUUUUGUACGACUCUCAACGUGGCCGACCCGCCAUGUGAGUGUGCAAACAGAGUGGAGAGAGGGUGUAGGGAGUGCUUUGAGAAACACCCCAAGAGAAAGUAACAGAGUUCAAAUAGAUUACAGAACUUUU